GGACAUUCAGCAUCAAGAAGAUCAACAGAGCUGAACUCAACUCACAAUGAAGGUCCUCCUCAUCUUCAUUUUCUUCAUCAUCUCAGGUACAGUGAGAUGCUUCGAUGUGAUUGGAUAUUCUGAAGGAAGAGUUCUUGUUAAUUCAUUAAAAUCUUGGCACAAAAAUAGUGCUAAAUAUAUGCAUGAACAUCAACAGUGGAACAUGAUAAUAAAUCAUGAGAAACAUGAUCAGUGGAUUAAUGAAGGAAGGUUUACUCUGUUUUGUAACAUUGAUGGUAAUCUGAUGAUCUACAUCAGAGAUCUGAACACAGAGGAUUCUGGGACAUACCGGAUUGGGGUUGAUGGCCAGUGGUACAAUGAUAUGUAUUUAGAUAUAGAAGAAAAUUCCUGUUGUGGGGCGUCACAGACAGUGAUGGUGAAUACUGGAGAAACUGCAAACUUCAGAUGUCAAUAUUCACAGGAUUACAAGACUGAUGACAAGAUCAUUUUUAAAGAAGAAAAAGACUCAAUUGUAAACAUCUACAGCACUGACAGACAGGAGAAGAAAGAUAGAUUCAGUAUUUCUGAUGACAGAGAUAAAAACCUCUUCAGUGUGAGAAUUACUGAUGUGAGAUUAGAAGACGCAGGAGUUUAUUUAUGUGGAGUUCAGCUUUACAGAAACUCCUACAGUUACUCCAUUAUUACUGCUGUUCAUCUGAACGUUAUGAUGCCUCCAGUGUUUGGAGAUGAUGGGGGAUCUGCUCAGAUCAUCUGUCCUUAUGAUCCCAUCUAUAAAUCCAAGUCAAAGUAUCUGCGUAAGAGCUCCACUACAGAUAGAAAUCUUCUUAAUGAGACUGUGAGAGAUGAGAUGAACAGAUUGACUAUGAAUGAUGACAAGACAGCAAGUGUGUUCACUGUGAACAUCACUGGACUGACAGCAGAGGAUGCUGGGAAAUACUGCUGUACUGUAAAAUUAGAAACAGAUUUGAUUUAUCUUUGCACUCAUCUGAUUAUUAUCAUGAACGAGGAGAUGAUCUUGAAUAAACAUGAAGGAGACAGCAUGUCAAUCGAGUGUAAACAUCAUGCAAAAUAUCCGAAACUCUUUUGUAAAGGACAUAACCCCUCAAUGUGUGUAAAUGCUAUAGUUUCAUUACAGUCAGUGAGAGUUGAUGAAACUUCUGGAGUCUUCACUAUAAACAUCAGUGAUCUAAGAGAAAAGGAUUCUGGGAUAUAUUGGUGUGGAUCUCACAUCGUCACUAAAGUGCAGUUAAACGUCAGAAAAGAUCUGUUUAAUAACAUCUUGAUUUCUGUGGGUGUCCUGCUGCUGACUAAAACAAUAAUGCUGCUGGUGAUUUUAUGUUGCAUUAUAAAAAUGAUGACCGUCCCCUUGUCACACAGACACACACACACAAAGAGGGAGAGAGACAGACAGACAGACAGACAGAUGUAA